GCACGCAGGGGAGACAACGGAAGAGAAGAGAGCUAGAGUUGGAAAGCGUCUGGAGGAGAUUUGGGAAGAGAGGUGCAGGCUAGAGGCGACAGGAGCUUUACCCAGUUAACCGUCUGAGGAGCCGGACAUGGCCCGUAGUGUUACGGAGUUAUGGGAUGAGUUCCUGGGGCAGCAUGGUGCGGGGUUAGUCACACUUGCGAGAACAGGGUUUGAGACAGCCAGGUCAUUGGACGGAUACUUGGACCGCAAGCUUCGCUUCUUAGCAAAGAGCUCCUUCAAGAGAUAUUUGAUGCUGGAAGAUGAGCUGGCUGGGAGGAAGUUGAAGGACGAUAACCUGGGAGUGCACCUGGAGGCCGCUAAGGCCGAGAUUCGAGAACUCAGGGCAUUGUCCACCAGUCAGGCCGCGGUUAUCCACGAGAUGAGGCAGCAGCUGCAGGAUAUGGCGGCCAGAUUAGAUCAGGAAGCGCCUACGAGGGUGGUGGAUUGGACGGAGAGACACCGAUAUGGCAUUCGGGGCGAGGCGGUGCGGGGGCCACCAAGCUUUCCGGCGGCUCAGGGGCAAUUUGCAGCCCAGCAUCCACCCACGCAGCAAGCAUCGCAGGCUAGCGUGGCAGGAGGGGGGAACCAGGGACAGGGUGAACAGGGGAAUGGUGGCAGAGGCCAAGGUGGACGAGGAGGUGGCGAAAGAGGACAAGGGCGAAAUGGCGGAGGCCGUGGUGGAGGAUGGAAUGGCCAAGGAGACCAAGGCGAAGGCAACCAAGGCGGUCAGGAAGGGGGCCAAGGAUAUGGAAGGCCCCGCUUUGAUUGGUGGAAUGCCAUUCGCCGACAUUGUGGCAUUAUAGGUCACACUAUACGAUUUUGCCAGCAACGGCGGGAUGACGAACUUUCUGGGCUGAUUUUCACCAACAUGGAUGGGGACAUAUACGAUAAGUUCGGGAAGUAUAUUGAACCAAAAACUCUGGGUGGAGUAAGGCAAGAGGCCCUUAGGCGAGCAGAGGUAGGACCAACACCCCCGACCAUGUUCAGGCUAUGGCAAGAGAGAGAGGACCCGACCGUAAGGAUUGAGGAGAUCGUGGAGGAGAGUGAAGAGGUGACUCAGCGACUAAAGGCAGGGACUGAAAAGGAAGAGUCAAUCGUCGUCGAGUCGGAUGAUGAGGAAUUGGGAGAAGUGAGAGAGUCGGCCAUAACAAUCUUGGAAAAGAUGGAGGAUUUGGUGGAAAAGGCGCCCCCUCGAAGGGAACCUGAGCCCGAGCGCAGGAAGCAAGUGGUGGAGGUCCCCGAAGAGGAAGAGGAGGAUGAUGAUGAAAAGGAUGAGAGGCUCCGACAACAAGAAGAUUGGCGAGCAGAGCUAAGGGCCAGGAAGAGAGGGGCUCAGGAGAAAGUCGAGUUGAGCCAGCGCGAUAGCAUACCUAAAAGGAAGAAGUACGUGGUUCCGUUAGAAGAGGGCUUCGACGUGGAAAGAAUGGUGGACAGACUUCUAGAAGGUUAUAAUGACCUUAUGAACCUAAAGGAUAUUCUGGCGUCUGCCCCAAGGCUCCGAGAUAGCUUGAAGGGACGACUAUCGCGGAGGUUAGUGCCCAACGUCCGUCUGAGUACAAUCCUGCCAAGAGAAGUGGAGUGGACGGAAGCAGGAACGAGGAUGGACUGGAAAUAUGUGGCGUGUGGUUUGGUGGACUUGGUGGUGAGGGACCAGAAGUGUGCUGCAAUGGUGGAUACAAGCGCCGAGAUGAAUAUCAUCCGGGAAAGGGAUGCGAUUAUGUUGGGAUUGAAGGUCGACCGCUCCGACCACAGGAGGCUGAGGGCUUCGCCGAUGGGGCGCGAUGACCUGCCUAUCCGAUUGGAGGAAGGCAUUGCAGAGGAGUUCAUCCCAGCCUACGAACGGUAUAUGCGCGAUCAGGGAAUUGUGCAGGAGGAGUGGAUACAGACAUUGCUCCUUUGGACCAGAAGGGCAAAGAGGCCAGUGGCGAGACAGAUCCGGGAUAGGGCAAGCGAUUGGGAGGACUGUCAGGCUCAGUUGAGACAGGCGUUCCGACAGCCAGAGCCUAAGAGGCCAGAGCCCAGGGUCAAAAGGAGACGAAGGAAAGAAAGGGUUGAGAACCUAGUCUGGAGGAAGCGCAUGGAAGCCAAAGAAGUGGAAUGGGAGAAGAAGCUCCAAGAUAUGACGGCUGCAGUAGAGAGGCUUUCAACCACCAAGGUGGUCGAUUGGACUGAGCAGAGUAGAUACGACAUUCAGGGUGAAGGGAUGCAGGGACUAUUUGGCCAGGAAAAGCCAGCAGAGCCUUCUCAGCAGGAGAAGUUGAAAAAGAUAUUCCUAGAACCGGCGGAGGCGGAGACAAAGCGGAAGGCUGAAGAGGGAAGCUUCGAGUUCAAGACUCCCACAGAGUUAGCCUCGCAACAAGAGACCCCUAUGCCAUUUGAGGCUCCUGUUGAGGGGCAAACUCAGGGACCUCAGCCCCCAACCGCGAAGUAGGGGUCUGCGGAGGAAUCCCUUGCGAUCCUGUUGAAGCAACGACUAUAGUUCAUGACUACCUAAUGUUGUAGCGGCUUACAAUU